UGAUUUCACUAGUUGUCACUUGUCACUGUUGUCAGCUGUUCAUAUAAAGCGGGAUUUAAAAUUUAAAGGCAUUUAAAUUUCCGUUAAUUUUAUUAACCUGACUAGUUCAUAUGUUUAAGAUUACUGAAAAAGAUGACUGACUCUGAGGACUAUCCCAAACGAAAUUUGCCUGAAAAUGAUGAUUAUGUUUUACAACCCCUGAAAUUUCGAAGAAUGUGUACUGGGGUGAGAAAGGAACUAUUUAAAAAUCAGGGUAGCAGUCAAAAGAAAAAGAAAAACGCUAAUAGAGAUUCUACUCUUCACACGUCUCCUGAAAGUUGUAAACAAUAUUUAUUAUCAACUUUACCUCGAUUGAAAGUCUUGGGUCAAGGUAGCAGUCAAAAGAAAAAGAAAAACGCUAACAGAGAUUCUACUCUUCACACGUCUCCUGAAAAUUGUAAACAAUAUUUAUUAUCAACUUUACCUCGAUUGAAAGUCUUGUGUCAAAAAACAGGUACAUGCCCAAAUUCUUCCAGUAAAAAUAAUAAAAAUCCUCUGAAAUCACCAAGACUUCCUUCACCAAGAAUUACAGUUUCAGAACAUAAUAAUUGUAAUGCUUCUAAGGUACGAACAACACCUAAUCUGAAAAAUGAUGUGGAUUUUAAAGACAGUGAUUCUCCUGAUACACUACAGUUUGUUAAGCUUGAACAGUUUUGUGAAACAACUAAACCAAAAGAGAGUCCUCUUUCUUCAGUUUGUAGUCUGCUACAGAAUAAUAUGCUGUUAAAUAGUACUAAAAAGAAUAUUCCUAAUGAUGUACAGAAUAAAGAUGAAAUUUUAAAGGAAAUAAAAGAUCUGUUACAGAAGGACCAAGAGCAGUAUGAGCUUACAUCAAAUAGAAUUAGAGAAAUGUUUUUAAUAAUGCACAAAAAUCAUGAGGAGAAUUAUAAAAGAAUAUUCUCCUUAAUAGAAUCACUUGACGAUGAAAAUGAGAAGUCUGCACAAAAAGAAAAUUGUUUUGCGCCAAAAAGAAGAUCCCUUCGAUUAAAAAAUAAGAGUCCGACAAAGCCUGCUGGAUCUCCGGUAAUACUUAAAGCCGGAGAUUUGAGAAAAUCUACUUUAACAAAAAGUUUAGUAUCAAAGUGCCAAAAAUAUCAAAUCGACAGCCCUAGAAUUAAAAAUGCCAUGAGCUUAUACAAUUCAACUAAAAGUUCAUGCAGUGCCUUAUUAACACCAAAAAUUUUGAAAAACCAAGCAAGCGAAUCACCCAAAAUUUCAAACUGGCGAGCUAAUAUGUCUAUAAAAUUACAACAACAAUGUUUAUUAUUACAGGAUACACCUCAACAUAAAUAGCUAGGUUUAAGAAAUUACAUAUAUUGACUGUUUUACAUUUACUAUUUAAUUAUUUUAUUUAAAGUAAAAAUAAAGUAUUUUUUAUAGUUUUAUAAUUUAA